AUUUCUGUUGUUAAAUCGUCAAUGCCAUGCUUGUUUGAAUCUGACGUGACUGUAUCCACGUAAAUGAUAUAGAUGUAUACCCGAGGUAAAAUCACAGCAUCAGUCUCAUUUGCGUGGAAGGAUCACAAAUCAUUUAUUCAGUUCCGAGGCCUUACACGGUUACGAGCUGCAGUUACAUUGUUAUAUGCUGCUAUAUCAGACCUCUUCCAUUCCAAGUCUUGCUAUCGUUUCCAAGUUACCUGAACGUCUCUAAAUACCACAGUCCUCUUGUUACGGCUCGAAGAAAUCAGUCAUGCUUCCCGACCCAGUUCAAGUACGGAUACCACGAGAUUACACCAACCUACCGGUCAAGGACAUCAAGGUGUCCCAUUAUCCUGAAAAUGCUAGUGAAGCUACACCGAUAAUAGUCAUCACACUCAACCGCCCCAAACAAGGCAAUGCAUUCACCUUUCAAAUGGUGCAGGACUUCGAGCUUGUCUACCCAAUGCUAGAUCUCGAUGAACGAGUCAAAGUCGUCGUUAUCACCGGGGCAGGGAAGAUGUUCUGUGCUGGAGCAGACCUUGAUAUCGGAUUUCCAAGUGAUGGUGCUAAUGAGAGAUUGACUGACAAGCGUGAUCCAGGCGGCCGCUUGAAUCUGUGCAUAUACCGCUGUCGCAAGCCAACAAUCAUGGCCAUGAAUGGUCCUGCUGUGGGUCUCGGCAUGACAAUGGGUCUUUCCGCGGCAAUAAGGAUCGCUCAUGCCUCAUCGAAGUACGGCUUUGUGUUUGCAAGGCGAGGCAUCACCAUGGAAUCGAACAGCUCAUUCUUCUUGCCCAGGCUCAUUGGGUACUCCAACGCCGUAUACCUUUUGACCACAGGUGACGUCUAUCGAGGAGACUCGAAGCAUUUUGGCGGCUUGUUUCAAGAGGUCAUUGAAAGACAAGAAGAUGUGCUUAAGAGAGGGUUGCAAUUGGCAACAAACAUUGCUGACAAGACAAGUAUCAUGGCCAGCUUUCUGAAUCGAGAAUUGAUGUGGAGAGGUAAAUCCACGGCUGAGGAAACACAUCUUCUUGACAGUGCCGUACUUUAUCAUAUGUUUGCGAACAGGGAUUGUCAAGAAGGUGUGAAGAGUUUCCUUGAGAAGCGUGAGCCAAGAUUCGCGGCUACCCUGGAAAGGGAUGGACCUCCGUUCUACCCGUGGUAUAGCGAGGUCGAUACUGGCUCUAGGCCGCGGAUUGAUCCUGCGAGCAAGCCCAAAUUGUGAGGGCAUUAGGGACAGACAAGGAGCGAGACGGCGCCAUGAUUUGUUCGAUGCUGACAACUGCGCGUUGAUCCCAUACUGUUGUUGCAGAUGGCAGCUCAUAAUUUCGCUCUUGAUUGUUGUUCUUGCCAUUUAGUUACAGCUUCUUGCUCUCGAUUCAUGGAUUGCUCUUGUCUUUUCUUCAUGAACUUGAAUGCC